CUCGGCCCUGUUGUUGAGUUUGUUAUGACAAGUCGAGGCCUCGGACUAAAUUAGGAGCGAAGCCCCCCGUCUCUGUCCAGGCGAAUCCGCGAUGGAGGGCAUGGACCUGGACCUGGACCAGGAACUCAUGCAGAAAUUCAGCUGCAUGGGUACAACAGACAAAGACAUCCUAAUAUCGGAAUUUCAGAGGCUCCUCGGGUUUCAGCUAAACCCCGCCGGAUGCGCCUUCUUUCUGGACAUGACCAAUUGGAAUUUACAAGCAGCCAUCGGAGCCUACUACGACUUUGAGAGUCCCAACAUCAGUGCACCGUGCAUGUCCUUAGUGAGGGAUGUGACGAUUGGUGAGGGCGAAUCCGUUCCACCGGACACACCUUUCACAAAGACCUGGAGGAUACAGAACACAGGUGCAGAGUCGUGGCCCCCCGGGGUUUGUCUGAAGUAUGUUGGAGGAGAUCAGUUUGGUCAUGUAAACAUGGUGAUGGUGCGGUCUCUAGACCCUCAGGAAAUGGCUGACGUUAGUGUGCAGAUGCAGAGCCCCGUGUCUCCUGGUAUGUACCAGGGCCAGUGGAGAAUGUGCACCGCCACCGGACUUUACUACGGAGAUGUAAUUUGGGUGAUCCUGAGUGUGGAGGUUGGAGGCCUCCUUGGCGUCACACAGCAGCUCUCCUCUUUCCAAGCUGAGUUCAACACCCAGCCUCACCGUAGCCUGGAAGGAGACUACAACCCCUUCGCCUCGCCAGAGAAAAGCAAGUGCCCCAACAGCAACAACAACAGCCUCCACGAUGCCAGCGGUCACAGGGUUGCAGAGCAACAUUGGCAGGGAAGCCCCAACGAGCUGCAGCAAGAUCAGAAUGGACUUUCACACAACUCUGUAGAUAUAGUAGCAAACAGUCUACAAAGCAAUCUGUCAGUAGUCUCUUAUAACCAGGGUAUACAGGAGCCCUAUCCUUUUGGGCACUCUUAAAUCAUGGGACUUGUCACAGUGAAGCAGCACUAAACCGUACCUCUGGAGUCUGUCACACCAAUAAGAGAAAGAAGAGGCUUUAUCAGUAGCUGGCAGAGAGUGUGGCGAUUCAAAAACACUUUAUGCAAAGUCCAGCUACACUUUGAGAAACUAGAGGCCAACGCUCCUGACGUGCAGCUCAACCAACAUCCCACAACCCACUGUAUGCACGUGUGAAUGCUAAGUUAAAAAUGAGUGCUAUGAGUCUUUUGAGUGAUAACUUUUUCUUUCUUUUUUCCAGAUAUUUUUUUUUAGUUGUCAGAGUGCAAAUGAAACAAUGACAGGAGUGUGUAUUUGUGAAAUUGUGUGUAUACGUGUGUGCAUUGUGCAACCUGAAAGAGAGACUUUGGAGGAAAAGCCAUUUAUUUUGCCAACUGAUUCUCCAGUUUCUGCUCUGACUCUUGGUAUAGCGAUUCAGCUCCCUGUAACUAAAUCUAUUAAUAUGGCCGUCGCUGAAACCAACCAUUGGAUAUCAUUAUUUACUUUUUAUCUUAAAUUUUAUUAUACCCGUUUUAAGAGAAGGGGAACAGCGACACCCCUAAGAAAUAUAUCUGAAGCUCAUUUAAAAACCCAUCAGUCUUUCAACAUGGCUUGUGCAUUAUGGGUCAUUAUGUUCUAUGCUGUUAUGGUACCUCCAAUUUCAGAUGCAAUGUAGUUUUUUCUCCACUGGAGGGAGUCAGACAUUACUCUUACAAACCGAGUAUAAGCUCAACACUAAGACACAAACUCUUACUCACAUAUAGUUCCUGUGAUUUGGUCAACUCUAUCAUUCUUUUUGCUAAAGCUAGAAUUUAGAGCCUUCUGUAGUCAAACAUUGUUUUUCUUCAACUACUGUAAAUAAAAGUAACAAAAAACAUUGACAUUUGAUUUGGUAUGAAAGCUUAAAGUCCUUUGAGACUGAAAUAAAGUCAUUGCUGGCAUUUACAUACACAUUAUAAAAGAUUAGAAGAAUAUAAGCAGAAUAUCCAUUAUUGGUAAUAAUGCAGUAUUAGAGAGUCAUUGUUGGAAUCUAAGAUUUAUUUAGUUUUACAAGCAACACAGAAUAACAAUUAAUGCACAGUAUGCCAUCAGACAUUGAUUUCAAGCCAUAUAAAAGGUAAAGUUAACAUCAUGAAAACAUGGAUUUUUGUCACUCUGCUCUCAAUUUAAAAUUUUCACAUCAUAUUAAGUUGAAUGUAUUUGAUGAAUGUAUAAGAGGGUACUGUUUUGGAAAACCUAUUAAUUUACCCAAAGAUUCGACAUUGUAUAUUUGCAUUGAACUGGGAGUUUUAUUAGUGUAAUUAUUGUUCUGAAUUUUCUCUUGUUAAAAUUAUGCAUCGAUGAGCUUCUUAAACACAAUUUAAAAUUUGAUCCUGUUUUUUGAUCAUUUCAGAUGCAAACUUAACCACACCAGUAAAAUGACAAUGAAAUGAAUCGUGUUGUCUCAAAGAAUUGUUACUGCAUAUUUACUUGCACUAACAGGCUGAUCUAUGCACAGAGUAAUGUGACCUCCAUGACCAGGCCUGUGCUUACUUUUCUCCUCCAUGAGUACUGUUGAGUCCCGAAGGGCUUAUCAACUCUGUGAUUUUAUCUGUCAUCCACAGCCAGUGAGUUAGACCACCUGGUCAGGUAAACACCCUUCUCAUUAAGGCACUAACUGUAAGCCCCGGGGUAACUGACCUUUGACAACAUGACAAAACCAGCCAAUAAAUACUACAACAUGUCACAUGGAUCUCUGGGCUUCUUGCUGUUUAACACAACAUUGUGCAUUUUCUGUGCAAAAUGUGAAUGAUAAAUGAUCCUCUCUGCUGUCAAAGGUAUUUGCUGUCUGUCAAGUUCAUCAAGUGCAAAGUGUAUUUUCUUCUUUGUGUAAUAUCUCUGAAGUUUCCACUGGCCAGAUUGCAGAAUGAAUCAGUUGGCAUUAGACUCAUACAACAGCACAUUUAUGAGAGUGAGGAAGUGCAAACAGAUGAAAGCUUUUUUCCCGUGUGUUUGAUGAAUGUUUGUAUGAUUAAAUUAUCACUGAAAGCUAAA